UGUGAGAUAUACACAAGGGAUGAAUACACUGAGACACAUCAUUACAAAUUACUCAAAUCGGUUUUACUCAUCCCAAAGGAAGCAUACAGAGAGACACGUUACAAGUUCAAGCUUCGCUCAGCCUAUCACAUGCCAGUCAAGCCUAAUUAGAUUUGUUUACGAAUAAAGUCAUAUUUCAUUGAUCUGGGGAAGUUGGAACAAAUAUGGAGAAAGAAAAUCCCGAUAAUCAAGUCCUAGCACUGAACCAAUUAGGCAAAGGACACGGAAGGCGGCCGAGCUUUGGCAGAAGUGGCUACCGGUACAGACCAGCGCAGCCCAUUGCACCAGUGGAGAACAUUAAGGAGAUCCAGCAAAAACUAAAAGAAGAGAAGGAGGCAAAACGGGCACAGCUGGAUGGCAGACAUGAAUAUGUUUUGGGAAUUGUGGCGGCCUGUUUGGAUUUGGAAAAAUCGGAGGUGGAAGAUUCAAUUCUGGAGGGUAGUCAGAUUGAGCGAAUGGAUCGUUUUUUUGCUGUUGGUGGACUCCGACAUAUCAUGUUUUAUUACCAAGAUGUGGAAGCAGCCGAAGCAGGACAUUUAGGAUCAUUCGGAGCUGUCACUACUACAUUAGUAGCAAGAAACAAAAAACCCAAGGUUUUUGUGACAGAGGGAAAAGAUGUUGCUCUGACUGGAAUUUGCAUAUUCUUCAUUCGCUCUAAUUCUACAAAACCAAUCACUUCAGAGAAUAUCCACAGGGAGGUGAAUUUCAAUAUGAUAGAUACAUCUGGAAAUAACUUGCUGAAAAGCGUGGAGUCUUUGCUGUCGGAUAUAUUUAUUCCUGCUCUGAAGACUAUGGAUAAUGCCUGGGGAGAGCUGGUUGAUCCCCAGGAAGCUGGAAAUGUCAGGCAGGACUUCAUUGGCUCUCUUGAAGGAUUUGUUGAUGUGCUGGCUGGUGCACAACAAAGUUUGAUUGAGAAGGUUAACCUGGAGAAAUGUGAAACGUAUGACUUACGAACACUGAAGGGCCCUGCUGAUUACUUGGCUGUAGCAAACAGCACAGAAGGUCUUGAGAGAAUAGAGAGCUGUAUGAGAGUAUGGAUUAAACAAAUAGAACAGGUUCUGGCAGAGAGCAACCAGUUGCGGAAAGAAGCAGAUGAUCUUGGCCCUAGAGCAGAGCUUGAUCAUUGGAAAAAGCGAUUGUCUAAGUUUAACUACCUGCUGGAUCAACUAAAGUCUCCCGAGGUGAAGGCUGUCCUCGGAGUCCUCUCGGCAGCUAAAUCCAAGCUUCUCAAGACUUGGCGACAAUUAGAUACUCGGAUUACAGACUCUGCAAAUGAAGCAAAGGAUAACGUUAAAUACUUAUACACCUUGGAAAAGUUUUGUGACCCACUUUACAACAGUGACCCAGUGUCUAUGAUGGAUUCUGUUCCGAGACUGAUGAAUGCCAUAGGGAUGAUCCAUAACAUAUCUCGAUACUACAACACCUCUGAAAAGAUUACAUCCCUAUUUGUGAAGGUGACAAACCAGAUGAUAACUGCUUGCAAGUCUUAUAUUACCAACAACAAAACUGCCACAAUCUGGGAUCAGCCUCAGGAUAUAGUUGUUGAAAAACUGAAGUCAGCAAUUAAACUCAAUCAGUGGUAUCAACAUGUAUUUCACAAGACCAAAGAAUCCCUGGAACAAAUUCCUUCUGAAAGACAGUUUGAUUUUAGCGAAGUGUAUAUUUUUGGAAAGUUUGAUACCUUUCAGAAAAGACUUGAGAAAAUCAUCCACAUCUUUGAAACCAUUACAACAUAUUCGUCUUUAAGAGACUCUAAAAUUGAAGGGCUGGAAGUCAUGGCAACAAAAUUUCAGUCCAUUGUCACAACAAUCAAGAAAAAACAAUAUAAUUUUUUGGACCACAGGAAAACAGAAUUUGAUGAGGACUAUUAUGAAUUUGUGAAGCAGACAAAUGACCUUCACAACCAUCUGAAGAUGUUUAUGGAUUCUACUUUUGAAAUGAUUCACAACACUGAAAGGGCUCUCAUUAUGCUGAAGAAGUUUGAAAGGUUGGCAAUACCAGACUUGGGCAUUGUGGAAAAAUAUCAAAAGAUCCUUGAGAACUAUGGACAUGACAUUGAAAUGGUCUCCAGAGUUUACACAAAGCAAAAAAAUGAACCACCACUAGGACGGGAUUUACCACCUGUUGCUGGAAAGAUUCUCUGGGCUCGUCAGCUUUUCCACAGAAUCCAAGGUCCAAUGGAACUUUUUCAGCAGCAUCCAACCGUUCUUCAAACAGAAGAAGCCAAGCGCAUAAUCCGCAACUAUAACAAAGUUGCAAAGGUUCUUUUAGAAUAUGAGGUUGUUUUCCAUAGAGGAUGGCUAAAACAGAUGGAAGUUGCCAAAUCUGGUCUUCAAGCAUCUUUACUUGUUAAGGCUCCAGAAACAGGAGAAUUAUUUGUGAAUUUUGACCCUAUGAUAUUAACGUUGAUCCGAGAAACUGAGUGCAUGGAUCAAAUGGGCCUUGAAAUACCACCAUUUGCAGUGGCUCUCCAGCAGAAACGAGAUCUGUACAAGAGGAAUUUUAAUAAAUUACAGAUGAUGCUGAUGGAAGACAAGAGGAUUAGGUCAAAGGUAUAUCUUCCACUUGAUCAACUAAUGGCGCCUCAUAUAGCAAAAGUGGAUGAUGCAAUUCAGCCUGGUCUGACAUCUUUAAACUGGACAUCUCUGAAUAUUGAUAAAUAUUUGAACAACAUUACUGAGAAACACGCUGAAGUUGAGCUAUUGCUUGACAGAGUUAAUGACUUGGUAGAAUUCAGAAUAGAUGCAGUACUGCAAGAAAUGAGUUCAACUACUCUCUGUAAGCUUCCUGAAGACGAACCAUUAAGUUGUGAAGAAUUUCUCCAAAUGACAAAGGAUUUUUGUCAUAAGGGAGCUUUGAAGUUAAAUACCAAAAGUUCCAUGGUUGAAGAAGCAACCAAUGAACUUAUAAAUAUGCUGCUUGAGUUGGAUGUUCAUUCCAUUAAUGAUGGUGCUAAACCAAUGACAGGAAGUAGAAAUGUGGAUGAAGCAAAGGGACCUACGGAUGAUAAAGGUGUUGAGGAAGGAAAAACACAGACAUUGUCAAACACUCACAAUACCAGUCAGGUUACGCUUGGUCCGCCGUCACCACUGACCAAGAAGAAGAAAAAGGAUAUGAUUGAGAUAUUAGAAGAGGAAGCACAUGAACUUUUGUCUCAUUUUAAUCAUCGCAAUCUUGACGCUUUGUUGAAAGUCACUCGAAACACGUUGGAGACCAUUCGGAAAAGAAUUCAGAUGUCUUCAAUGAUCAGUUUCUUGGACGGUAACAAUGUAUCAAAGCAGAAAAUAAGUGGACAGCCGAUCUUCAGAACCAAUAUUACUUUGACAAUCCCUAACAUAAGCAUGGUUCCAGCAUUAGAUGAAGUACAGCAAACCCUUAACAAGGCAGUGGAGACCAUUGUCAGUGUAACAAGAGGAGUUGCACAAUGGAGCAAAGAGAGGAUGUCAAAGAAGAAAAUUCUUGAAAGGAAAAUAGCAGCCAUGCGGCGAAACAGCAUGGAUAGUGAUACUGAAGAUGGCAUGAUAGAAGGAGCAGGAAAAAGCACUCACGAAAAUGCUUCUGAGGUGACAUCUAUCAAUGCAGCUGGGCACACCCAUUAUAAAAACUACUUCAAAAGUGUUUCUGAAAACAAAGAGAUUGUUAAACUUUGCUCAGUGUUGAGUACAUCAAUAAAUUCGACAAAAAAGGAAGUCCUGACAGCAUUAGAACGGUUCAAAUGUUAUCAUCACAUCUGGCAGAGUGAUAGAGACAGUGUUAUUGAAAAAUUUGUUGUGGGGAACCCACUAUUAUCUGAAUUUGAAUCACAAAUUCUUCAUUUCCGUGAUCUUGAAUUGGAGAUCAAUUCUGAGCCAGAAUAUAUUUGUGUUGGUACCAUAGCACUGUAUACGGCUGAUUUGAAAUUGGCAUUAACCUCUGAGACGAAAGCUUGGAUGGUUGAUCUGGGUCGCCAUUGUAACAAGAAAUACAGAACAGAGAUGGAAAACAUAUUUAGUUUUAUUGAAGAAAUGAGUAAAAAACUAAAUCGGCCUAUUAAAGACUUGGAUGACAUACGGAUAGCUAUGGCUGCACUGAAAGAAAUAAGAGAACAACAAAUCUCCAUUGAUUUUCAAGUGGGACCAAUUGAGGAAUCAUAUGCGUUGCUGAAUAAAUAUGAGCUUCUUGUUGCAAAAGAGGAAACAGAAAAGGUGGACACAUUGCGUUAUACCUGGGAGAAACUUCUGGUCAGGGGCAAUGAAGUGCAGAAUGAGCUGGUGGCCAUUCAGCCUAAUUUUAGAGGAGAGCUGAUAAAUACUGUUCAAACAUUUAUUCAAGACUGUUCUGAGUACUACUCUGAUUACGACAGGAAUGGACCAAUGGUUGUUGGCCUCGCUCCUCAAGAAGCCAGUGAUAGACUGAUCAUGUUCCAGAACCGCUUUGACAACCUGUAUCGUAAAUACAUCACGUACACUGGGGGAGAAGAACUUUUUGGCUUGCAAGUUACCCAAUAUCCUCAGCUGUUAGAAAUUAGGAAACAGCUAAACUUGCUUCAAAAACUGUACAGCUUGUACAACAGUGUAAUCGACACGGUGAAUGGCUAUUAUGAUAUUCUGUGGUCAGAUGUAAAUAUUGAGAAGGUUAACGGAGAGCUUCUAGACUUCCAAAAUAGGUGCCGGAAACUCCCAAGAGCUUUAAAAGAGUGGCAAGCCUUCCUUGAUUUAAAGAAAACAAUUGAUGAUUUCAGUGAGUGCUGCCCUCUUCUGGAGCUGAUGUCUAACAAAGCAAUGAUGGCACGGCAUUGGAAGCGCAUCACUGAUGUCACAGGCCACAGUUUUGAUGUGGAAAAUGAAAGCUUCAAGCUGAGAAAUAUUAUGGAAGCACCUUUAUUGAAAUGCAAAGAAGAAAUAGAGGAUAUCUGUAUUAGUGCAGUAAAAGAACGAGACAUUGAGCAGAAACUGAAGCAAGUGAUUGUUGAAUGGGAUAAUAAAACGUUUACUUUUGCCAACUUUAAAACACGUGGAGAGCUGCUUUUAAGAGGCGACAGCACUUCUGAAAUCAUAGCGAGCAUGGAGGAUAGCCUAAUGAUGUUAGGCUCCCUUAUGAGUAACAGGUACAACACUCCAUUUAAAGCACAGAUUCAAAAAUGGGUUCACUACCUCUCAAAUACAACAGACAUCAUUGAAAAUUGGAUGAAUGUGCAGAACCUGUGGAUAUACCUAGAAGCUGUAUUUGUGGGAGGUGAUAUUGCAAAACAACUUCCAAAGGAAGCCAAGAGGUUUUCAAAUAUUGACAAGUCUUGGGUUAAAAUUAUGACUCGUGCCCAUGAAAUGCCAAAUGUUGUGCAAUGCUGUGUUGGGGAUGAGACAAUGGGACAACUUCUGCCUCAUCUCUUGGAGCAGCUUGAAAUCUGCCAGAAGUCCCUUACAGGGUACCUGGAGAAAAAACGUUUACUCUUUCCUCGAUUCUUCUUUGUUUCGGAUCCUGCUUUGCUGGAGAUUCUGGGUCAGGCGUCAGAUUCUCAUACUAUUCAGGCUCAUCUUCUCAAUGUGUUUGAUAACAUAAAAUCUGUUAAAUUUCAUGACAAGGUUUAUGAUCGUAUCUUGUCCAUAUCGUCUCGAGAGGGUGAGACUAUUGAACUAGAAAAACAUGUCAUGGCUGAGGGAAACGUGGAAGUGUGGCUCAAUGCACUUCUUAAGGAAUCACAAUCCUCAUUACAUCUUGUGAUCCGACAGGCAGCAAUUGCCAUUCAAGACAGUGGAUUUCAGCUUAUUGAGUUUCUGUCUUCAUUCCCUGCACAGGUUGGUUUACUGGGAAUUCAAAUGAUUUGGACAAGAGAUGCAGAAGAAGCACUCACCAAUGCAAAGUAUGAUAAAAAAAUAAUGCAGAAGACCAACCAGUCCUUUUUGGAACUGCUCAACACACUGAUUGAUAUGACAACCAAGGACUUAAGCUCUAUAGAGCGCAUCAAAUAUGAGACUCUAAUCACCAUUCAUGUACACCAAAGAGAUAUUUUUGAUGACUUGUGUCGUAUGCACAUCAAAAGCCCCACUGAUUUUGAAUGGCUAAAACAGUGCCGAUUUUACUUCAAUGAAGACUCUGACAAAAUGUUGAUUCAUAUUACUGAUGUUACAUUCAUCUACCAAAAUGAGUUUCUGGGCUGCACAGACAGACUUGUCAUCACACCACUGACAGACAGAUGUUACAUUACACUUGCACAGGCCUUAGGAAUGAGUAUGGGAGGUGCACCAGCAGGACCUGCUGGAACAGGCAAGACCGAAACCACCAAGGAUAUGGGCAGAUGCCUUGGCAAAUAUGUAGUCGUGUUCAAUUGCUCUGAUCAGAUGGACUUCAGGGGUUUGGGAAGAAUUUUUAAAGGUCUUGCACAGUCUGGCUCCUGGGGAUGCUUUGAUGAGUUCAACCGUAUAGACCUCCCUGUAUUAUCAGUAGCUGCACAACAAAUUGCGAUAGUACUUACAUGUAAAAAGGAGCGGAAAAGGAAUUUUAUAUUUACAGACGGAGACAAUGUGGAAAUGAACCCUGAAUUUGGCCUGUUUCUUACAAUGAAUCCUGGCUAUGCUGGAAGGCAGGAACUACCAGAGAAUUUGAAGAUCAAUUUCCGAUCUGUGGCUAUGAUGGUACCUGAUCGACAAAUCAUUAUUCGUGUGAAAUUGGCUAGCUGUGGAUUUAUUGACAAUAUUGUCCUUGCCAGGAAGUUCUUCACGCUAUACAAACUGUGUGAGGAACAGCUAUCCAAACAGGUUCAUUAUGACUUUGGUCUGCGAAAUAUUUUGUCAGUUUUAAGAACAUUAGGUGCUGCAAAAAGGUCAAAUCCAACUGACACCGAAUCAACCAUUGUUAUGCGUGUUCUAAGAGACAUGAAUCUUUCAAAACUAAUUGAUGAAGAUGAACCCUUGUUUUUAAGCCUCAUUGAAGAUCUCUUUCCGAGCAUACAGUUAGACAAAGCUGGUUACCUUGAACUUGAAGCAGCUAUUGUUAAACAGGUUGAGGAAUCUGGCUUAAUAUGUCAUCCACCUUGGAAGCUUAAAGUUAUCCAGUUGUACGAAACCCAGAGAGUAAGGCAUGGUAUGAUGACUUUAGGACCAAGUGGAGCAGGUAAAACAACCUGCAUUCACACAUUGAUGAAAGCAAUGACAGAUUGUGGAGAACCACACAGGGAAAUGAGAAUGAAUCCCAAAGCAAUCACUGCUCCUCAAAUGUUUGGUCGCCUUGAUGUAGCAACCAAUGACUGGACAGAUGGUAUAUUUUCCACUCUGUGGAGAAAGACACUCCGGGCCAAAAGAGGGGAACAUAUCUGGAUUGUUCUUGAUGGCCCAGUGGAUGCUAUUUGGAUAGAGAACUUAAAUUCUGUCCUGGAUGAUAAUAAAACACUAACAUUGGCAAAUGGAGAUCGUAUUCCUAUGGCACCCAAUUGCAAAAUUGUCUUUGAGCCGCAUAACAUUGACAAUGCUUCUCCUGCCACAGUUUCAAGGAAUGGUAUGGUCUUCAUGAGUUCUUCAGUUCUCAACUGGAGUCCCAUCCUUGAGGGAUGGCUGAAAAAUCGUUCUUCAUUAGAAGGAGACAUUCUAAGGAAACUGUACAGUGCCUCAUUCUCUGAUUUGUACCGAUUUAGUGUCCAGUCUUUAGAAUAUAAAAUAGAAAUGUUGGAGGCAUUUGUAAUCAUGCAAAGCAUCAAUAUGUUACAAGGACUUAUCCCUCCAAAGGAGCAAGGUGGAGAAAUAAGCCAAGAUCACCUGGAGAGGUUAUAUGUCUUUUCUUUAAUGUGGAGUGUUGGUGCACUGUUGGAACUUGAUGACAGAAAGAAAAUGGAGCAGUGGCUUCGCACUCAUGAAAAUGUGCAUCUGGAUCUUCCUAAGAUCCCACCAGGAAGUGAAGACACAAUGUUUGAUUAUUAUGUGACUUCAGAGGGAAAAUGGAUGCACUGGAAUACACGUGUGGAGGAGUACAUAUACCCCCCGGACAGCACUCCUGAAUAUGGAUCGAUCUUGGUGCCCAAUGUUGACAAUGUUAGAACAGACUUCUUGAUACAGACAGUAGCCAAGCAGGGCAAGGCGGUGCUUUUAAUUGGCGAACAAGGAACAGCCAAAACUGUCAUUGUUAAGGGAUAUAUGUCAAAAUAUAAUCCAGAGAGCCACAUGGCCAAGAGUCUGAAUUUCUCUUCUGCUACUACACCACUGAUGUUUCAGCGAACCAUCGAAAGUUAUGUGGACAAGCGCAUGGGAACCACGUAUGGGCCUCCUGCUGGAAAGAAAAUGACAGUGUUUAUUGAUGACAUAAAUAUGCCUGUGAUUAAUGAAUGGGGGGAUCAGGUUACUAAUGAAAUUGUAAGACAGCUUAUGGAGCAGAAUGGAUUCUACAAUUUGGAAAAACCUGGAGAAUUCACAAACCUUGUAGACAUCCAGUUUAUGGCAGCUAUGAUCCAUCCUGGUGGAGGAAGAAAUGACAUUCCACAAAGGCUAAAAAGGCAGUUUUCUGUUUUUAACUGCACUUUGCCCUCAAACGCUUCCAUAGACAAAAUCUUUGGUGUUAUUGGACUAGGCCAUUACUGCACUCAGAGAGGAUUUUCCGAUGAGAUAAAAAGAGCUGUUACGAAGCUUGUACCUUUGACAAGGAAAUUAUGGCAGAUGACUAAAAUCAAAAUGUUACCCACACCAGCCAAGUUCCAUUACAUAUUUAACCUUCGAGACCUUUCAAGAAUAUGGCAGGGAAUGUUAAACUCUACAUCAGAAGUCAUUAAAGGCACCACAGUAUUGGUAAAGCUCUGGAAACAUGAAUGUAAACGUGUUAUUGCUGAUCGAUUUACAACACCAGAAGAUGUGGACUGGUUUGAUAAAACACUGCAGAAAUUGGUAGAAGAUGAGUUCUGUGAAGGCAAGAAGUCUGCAGACUUUGCAUCUGAUGAUUAUUUUGUUGAUUUCUUAAGAGAUGCACCUGAAGCAACAGGUGAGGAACCUGAAGAUGCUGAUUUUGACAUGCCUAAAAUUUAUGAGCCAAUUGAAUCAUUUACACAAUUAAAGGAACGCUUGAACAUGUUUCUUCAAAUGUUUAAUGAGAGCAUCCGUGGAGCUGGGAUGGACAUGGUAUUCUUCAGAGAUGCCAUGAUCCACUUGAUUAAGAUUUCUCGUAUCAUUCGGACUCCACGUGGAAAUGCCCUUCUUGUUGGUGUUGGUGGUUCAGGAAAACAGAGCUUGACUAAGCUUGCAUCUUACAUUGCAGGAUACAAAACAUUUCAGAUCACUUUAACCAGAUCUUACAACACUUCAAAUCUUAUGGAAGACCUGAAGAUCUUGUACCGUACUGCAGGUCAACAAGGCAAAGGCAUCAGUUUUAUUUUCACUGACAAUGAGAUCAAAGAUGAAUCGUUCUUAGAAUAUAUGAACAAUGUGUUAUCUUCAGGAGAGGUUUCCAACUUGUUUGCACGAGAUGAAAUUGAUGAAAUCACCAGUGACCUUAUUCCUGUUAUGAAGAAAGAGUACCCACGCCGCCCUCCUACAAAUGAAAACCUGUAUGACUUUUUCAUGACAAGAGUCCGUCAGAAUCUUCACGUAGUGCUGUGUUUUUCACCAGUGGGAGAAAAAUUUAGAAACCGGGCACUUAAGUUUCCAGCACUUAUUUCAGGUUGUACAAUGGAUUGGUUUAGCAGAUGGCCAAAGGAUGCCUUGGUAGCAGUGUCUGAACACUUCCUGUCAACAUAUGAGAUUGACUGCACCAUGGAUAUCAAGAAGGAGAUGGUUGAGUGUAUGGGCUCGUUCCAGGAUGGUGUGGCAGAAAAAUGUGUGGAUUACUUCUUGAGAUACCGUCGCGCUACUCACGUGACUCCUAAAUCAUACUUAUCAUUUAUUCAGGGGUACAAAACAAUAUAUAAAGAAAAACAUGCGGAAGUACAGACCCUGGCAAACAGAAUGAACACAGGCUUAGAGAAACUUAAAGAAGCAUCCGAAUCUGUGGCAGCUUUGAGUAAAGAAUUGGAGGUGAAAGAGAAAGAACUCCAGGUUGCAAACAAAAAAGCAGAUAUGGUUUUAAAAGAAGUCACUGUAAAAGCUCAAGCUGCUGAGAAAGUUAAAGCUGAAGUACAGAAAGUGAAGGACAAGGCUCAAUCAAUUGUAGACAGUAUUUCAGUCGACAAAGCUAUAGCAGAAGAAAAGCUGGAAGCUGCCAAGCCUGCCCUUGAUGAAGCAGAAGCAGCAUUAUUGACUAUCAAGCCUUCGGACAUUUCUACCGUACGAACUUUAGGAAGACCACCUCAUCUGAUCAUGCGCAUUAUGGAUUGUGUGCUCUUACUGUUCCAGAGGAAAGUCAACCCUGUCAAAGUGGACCAAGAAAAGGGAUGUACUGUCCCCUCUUGGCAAGAAUCCCUAAAACUCAUGAUUGGGAAUUUCUUGCAGAGUCUUCAGCAAUUUGCGAAAGAUACAAUCAAUGAAGAGGUGGUGGAACUAUUGGCACCAUACUUUGAAAUGCCAGAUUACAACAUUGAGACUGCAAAGCGAGUUUGUGGAAAUGUGGCUGGGCUUUGCUCCUGGACCAAAGCUAUGGCUGCUUUUUAUUCUAUAAAUAAAGAGGUUUUGCCUCUAAAGGCUAAUUUAGCAAUUCAGGAGAGCCGACUUGCUACUGCCAAUUUGGAUUUGCAAAAGGCCCAGGCAGAAUUAGAUGCUAAGCAAGCUGAGCUCGAUGUGGUUCAGGCACAGUAUGAAAAGGCUAUGAUGGAAAAGCAGACUUUGCUAGAAGAUGCUGAACGCUGCAGACAUAAGAUGCAAACAGCUUCAAGCCUGAUUAGUGGCCUUGCUGGAGAAAAAGAGCGAUGGACAGAAGAAAGCAAGGAAUUCGCUGCAAAGACCAAACGACUUGUCGGUGACGUCCUGCUUGCUACAGCUUUCUUGUCAUAUUCUGGUCCAUUUAAUCAAGAGUUCCGGAACUUGCUGUUGACUGAUUGGAGAAAGGAAAUGAAAACCAGGAAAAUUCCAUUUGGACUCAAUUUGAACCUGACUGAGAUGUUAAUAGACACACCCACCAUCAGUGAAUGGAAUCUGCAAGGCCUACCAAACGAUGAUCUCUCAAUUCAGAAUGGAAUAAUUGUAACAAAAGCAGCCCGUUACCCCCUCCUUAUUGAUCCACAGACACAAGGCAAAAUUUGGAUUAAAAACAAAGAAAUUAAAAAUGAACUUCAGAUUACAUCACUAAAUCACAAGUACUUUAGAAAUCAUCUAGAGGACAGUCUUUCUCUUGGAAGGCCAUUACUGAUUGAAGAUGUUGGUGAAGAGCUGGACCCGGCCCUGGAUAAUGUUUUGGAAAAAAACUUCAUCAAAACAGGAUCUACUUACAAAGUGAAAGUUGGUGAUAAAGAAGUAGAUGUGAUGAAUGGUUUUAGGCUAUACGUUACUACUAAGCUUCCUAAUCCAGCAUACACUCCAGAAAUAAGUGCUCGUACCUCUAUAAUUGACUUUACUGUCACCAUGAAAGGCCUAGAGGAUCAGUUACUGGGACGUGUCAUAUUGACAGAGAAGCAGGAAUUAGAGAAGGAAAGAACCGAUCUCAUGGAGGAUGUGACUGCAAACAAAAGAAAGAUGAAAGAGCUGGAGGACAACCUCCUAUUUAGAUUGACCAGCACACAGGGCUCUUUAGUAGAUGACGAGAGUCUCAUCACUGUGCUCAGUAAUACAAAAAAAACCUCAGAAGAAGUCACCCAGAAACUGCAAAUAUCAGCUGAGACUGAAAUACAAAUCAACUCUGCUCGGGAGGAGUACAGACCUGUUGCAACCAGGGGGAGCAUCUUGUAUUUCUUGAUAACAGAAAUGAGUAUGGUAAAUGUGAUGUAUCAAACUUCUCUGCGUCAGUUCUUGGGACUCUUUGAUCUUUCAUUAGCCAGAUCAGUGAAAAGCCCUAUUACAAGCAAAAGGAUUGCAAACAUAAUAGAGCACAUGACUUAUGAAAUCUAUAAAUACUCCGCAAGAGGCCUAUAUGAGGAACAUAAGUUUUUGUUUACAUUGCUGCUUACUCUGAAGAUCGACAUGCAGAGUAACAGAGUGAAGCAUGAAGAGUUUCUCACCCUCAUAAAAGGCGGUGCUUCAUUAGAUCUGAAAGCUUGUCCUCCCAAGCCUUCUAAGUGGAUCUUGGACAUGACAUGGCUCAAUCUUGUAGAAUUAAGUAAAUUGAGGCAGUUUUCUGAUAUUCUUGAUCAGAUUACCCGAAAUGAGAAGCAAUGGAAGCUUUGGUUUGAUAAAGAAUUUCCUGAAGAGGAGCAAGUUCCAAGUGGUUAUGAUCAAGCACUUGACUGCUUCCGACGGUUACUGCUGAUCCGAUCUUGGUGCCCUGACAGAACUAUUGCACAGGCCAGAAAGUACAUUAUGGAUUCCAUGGGAAACAAAUAUGCUGAAGGAGUGAUUUUGGACUUGGAGAAAACAUGGGAAGAAUCUAAUCCACGCACACCCCUUAUUUGCUUCCUUUCCAUGGGAUCAGACCCAACAGAUUCCAUUAUUGCUCUAGGAAAGAGACAGAAAAUUGAGACCCGUUACGUUUCUAUGGGACAGGGUCAGGAGGUUCACGCGAGAAAACUUCUUCAGCAAACCAUGGCUCAUGGAGGAUGGGCCCUGCUCCAAAAUUGCCAUCUAGGUUUGGACUUUUUGGAUGAGUUGAUGGACACCAUUGUAGAGACAGACACCGUACAUGAUUCAUUUCGUCUGUGGAUGACUACUGAGGUUCACAAGAAUUUUCCCAUUACUCUUCUACAAAUGUCAAUCAAAUUUACCAAUGAACCACCUCAAGGACUUAAAGCUGGACUGAAGAGAACAUAUGGUGGUGUAAGUCAAGAUCUUCUUGAUGUUAGCAGUAUGACACAGUGGAAGCCCAUGUUGUACGCAGUGGCAUUUCUGCACUCAACAGUUCAAGAGAGACGGAAGUUUGGACCAUUGGGGUGGAAUAUCCCAUAUGAAUUCAAUCAGGCAGAUUUUAAUGCUACAGUACAGUUCGUUCAGAAUCACCUAGAUGACAUGGAUAUCAAAAAGGGUGUCUCGUGGACCACUGUUCGAUACAUGAUCGGUGAAAUCCAGUAUGGCGGAAGAGUCACUGAUGACUACGACAAAAGGCUACUAAAUACAUUUGCUAAAGUCUGGUUUAGUGAAAGUAUGUUUAGCCCAGACUUCUGUUUUUACAAGGGCUACAACGUACCAAAAUGUACUACUGUAGACCAGUAUCUACAAUACAUACAAGGCUUGCCUGCAUAUGACACGCCGGAGGUGUUCGGGUUGCAUCCCAAUGCAGAUAUCACAUAUCAGAGUAAGCUGGCAAAAGAUGUUUUGGAUACCAUUCUUAGCAUCCAGCCAAAAGACAGCUCCGGGGGUGGUGGUGAGACAAGAGAAGCAGUGGUUGCUCGACUUGCGGAUGAUAUGCUAGAGAAACUCCCAUCAGAUUAUAUACCAUUUGAAGUCAGAGAACGACUCCAAAAAAUGGGACCUUUCCAGCCUAUGAACAUCUUUCUACGACAGGAAAUAGACAGAAUGCAGAGGGUAAUAAGCUUGGUGCGAACUACCCUCACAGACCUAAAACUUGCCAUUGAUGGAACCAUUAUAAUGAGUGAAAAUUUAAGAGAUGCACUAGAUUGCAUGUAUGAUGCCAGAAUACCUGAACGCUGGAAAAAGGCUUCCUGGGCUUCUAGCACAUUAGGAUUUUGGUUUACUGAACUCUUGGAGCGAAACCGUCAAUUUUCUUCUUGGAUCUUUGAAAGUCGACCAAAUUGUUUCUGGAUGACUGGAUUUUUUAAUCCACAGGGUUUUUUAACUGCAAUGAGACAGGAAAUUACCCGAGCUAACAAAGGCUGGGCGUUAGACAGUGUAGUUAUCUGCAAUGAAGUAACUAAAUGGAUGAAGGAUGACAUUUCUAGCCCACCACAAGAAGGUGUCUAUGUCUAUGGUCUGUACCUUGAAGGAGCUGGCUGGGACAGAAGAAAUAUGAAACUCAUAGAAUCAAAGCCAAAGGUGUUGUUUGAGUUGAUGCCUGUGAUAAGGAUUUAUGCUGAAAAUAUGGCUGCAAGAGACCCCCGGCUCUACUCCUGUCCAAUAUAUAAAAAACCAGUGCGCACAGAUCUGAACUACAUUGCUGCGGUUGAUCUGAAAAGUACACAGCACCCUGAGCACUGGAUACUUCGUGGUGUGGCGCUGCUGUGUGAUGUCAAAUAACCAUAUGAUCCCAUUCAUACAGUAAUGUUUGUGGUUUCUCUAAAAAGCAAUAACCGUCCAUUCCCAUUGAAUGUGCAAUAUGUUUGUACAAUCUUUUUUUGUUUAUAUGUCUUCUAUUUAUGAUUUCUUAACAAUAAAUAAAUUGAAACAUAUUUUUUUGGAAAA